AUGAACGACGUUUGCCGGCUAUUCGACUUUCUUGCAGCACUUUUCGUUCUGCUCACUGGAUGUUUAAGCGGUUAUGCAAUAUCUUACUGGAAUAGAUAUGAAUACAGAGGACCUACGCAUGAUAUUGUGGACGAAAGAUCCUCAUCGGGAAAGUUCUUUAACGAUGUCAAAGUAUUAUGCUUGGUUAUGACAUUUUCAGUGAAUCACAAAUGGAAAGCACUACCGGUAGUGGAGACAUGGGGCAAUCUAUGCAAUCGGAUUUUAUUUGUGUCAAAUGCCACCGAUGACGAAUUACCCACGUUGAUUGUGGAUUUGCAUGAAAGUAGAGAUGACUUAUGGCUAAAGACGAGAAACGCCUUUGAAUGGAUUUACCAAAAUACAUUGGACGAUUAUGACUGGUUCCUAAAAGCAGACGACGACACGUAUUUCCAUAUGGAUAAUCUUAGAGGAUUUCUCAAGAAUUAUUCACCAGAGCAACCAUUCUCGAUUGGUCACCUAUUCAAAGUGAGCGGAAUGCACGACACAUACCACAGCGGUGGCGCAGGGUACAUACUGAGUCGAGAAGCACUGAGAAAAUUGGAUGGCAAAGGAUUCACUAGAGACGCAAACUGUGUUCAAAAAAACGAACACGAAGACCUAUUUAUGGGAAGAUGUCUUAAAUCCCUUGGAAUAGAUCUGAUAGAUGGCGCUGACAAAAAUGGCGCUUACAGAUUUCAUCCUAUUGCCAUUUGGGAUCUUCUGACUAAUAACGCACCGAAAUGGUUAGCAGACAAGUCAGCGACACACUUGAAGGAGGAAUUUCUUUGUUGUUCGUCAUAUUUCAUCUCAAUGCACUAUGUAAAUGGAGACGAUCAGUAUAUGGUAGAAUACGCAUUACAUCGUCUUAGGCCGUAUGGAAUGGAAGUGCAGCUAUAA